CGAAAGGACGAUGGCGACCACACAAAUACGAACAGCACGUCUAGCACUUCGAUAUUCUCAGCGCUCGUGCUAUUUCAUGCCUCGCCCUUCCAUCCAACAUUAUGCUCGCGUGCGACACCAGUCUACUCAGCACUCUCCACCAUCCGGCGACGCACCCCCCAUCCCACGAUACGGCGGCGACUUCUCCGUCCCCCUUCGUCGGGUGGGAUGGAUGUUCUACUCAUUUGGUCGCGCGGUCUUCGUUAUUGGAUUUGUCGUUGGUACUCUUGGCGCAGCAGCGUAUGGGGCAGCCCACAUGUACGUCGAGAGCGUCUGCUUGGAAGAGGACGACAUCACCCCCGAAGAGGCGUGGGGCUUUGAUUUAGAGCGAGAGCGCUGGACUGGACGACGAGAUCCUCCACGCCGGAGAGGUGGCACAGACCCACGUCUUGGGUGGUCAGGAAGGAACCUACUCAGGAGCGCGUGGAUGGCAAUAAACUGGGGCGUAGGCCCUGCGACACUAUACACCCACGAAGCACUAGGCGAAAUCGACAUGUUCGGAUUUGAAGUCCCUGCUCGGGAAUGGGCGUUUGCCCGCGCAUACAUCGGCUCGGCUAUGGGGAUCGCAAAGCAGAAGACGAAGCAGCUGGGCGAAUGGCCGGCGAGCGACGCUGCUCAAGACCUGCUCGUCCAGUACGGCAGCAUACUUCAGAGGAUAGGAGGAAGGAGGUUCCUCUUGGAUGCGCGGGAUAAAUAUGAGGAGCUGGUAAAGGAGCUUCAUAAGGAGGGGAGAGGGCCAGAAGCAGCAAGGUGGGGCGCAAAGAUGGGAGACCUUACCAAGCGGCUUGGGGAGAGUGGAGAUGCAUGGUGGAUCUGGGCUGUGAGGACAGCGGCGGGGGAUAAAGUUCCUCUGCCAGCUGCGGUUCUCCCUGCAGUGGGACCGGUGGACGAGAUCCCUGACCCCAAGCCUACAAGAUGGUGGUUCUCUCGCCCAUCUCGCCCAGCAAGUGUGUUCACCUCCAAGCCCGACUUCUUACCGACCGAGAUGCCCAAGAGUCCUCUAGCAGAGAGAGUGAUGGCAAACGCUCUUGUGGCAUUAUCCGCUCAGUGGGCAGAAGAUGGUCGACUCCGGCAGGCUCUCGAGCUGGAGAAGGCUAGCCUGAGGUUGCUUGGGGGCGUCCUGCCACCUUCAUACACAUCAAACCCGCCCACACUACCGAAGGCCGUCACUGCCGCGUCAUCCACACAACCUUCCCAAACCGCCACAGACCCAGCCGCAAAACGUCUUCACCUGCUCAGUCUCUCCCACGCCCGAGCCCUCCUCCAAAUCCAUCAAGCUGAAGUCCUCUUCUCCCUCUCUCUGUCGCUCAAGCACCCAUUCCACUCCUCGUCUCUCGACCUUCUGCAAGCCGCUGCACGCCAAGCAGAGUACGCUAUCUCGCAGCUCACAGCCAUCCCUCUAACGCACCCUGACUUUCCCGAAUCUCCGCUACCUGCGAUCCCAACCCCGGACGCGGAGCUGGACGGUGUCUGGUCCAAUUCUUCCGUCCUGAAAGAGCCAAGCCGCAGGCUGCUAAGAGACGCUAGGCGGACAGCAGCACACGCCUGGGCACUGAGUGCCGUACUCUACGAGCGGCAAGGCGAGUGGCUCAAAGCGUACGAAUGUGCCGAACGCGGAAUGGAAUGGGUAGCUGCGGGGCGAGUGUUGACUGAUUUUUCGCGGUCUCCUGAGGCGGCGACGAAGGGUAGGGAAGGGCUGGUGGCGGAGUUCGCGGAGACUUUCGAGGUGCAUCAAAGGACGAGGAUGAAGAUGCUUCAAUAUACACAUGGGACUGUGGUCGACCCUACCAAGGACAAUGUGGCCGACAAGAGCGGAGAAGCGAAGGGCAAGGCGAAGGCUAAAGAGGGGAAGUGAGCUAUGUAUUUGCACCGAGAGAGCUGACGACGGCAGAGGAGGAA